GGUUUUUUGUUUACAAAUUAUAAGUUAACUACAAAUUACAAUAAUAAAUUGUCCAAUCUACAUUUGUCUUGUCUCUAGUACCAAUCUCUAUUACUCUGUAUAAAAUUUAAYAUUUAUAUCAUUUAUAUGUAAGUACGACACUACUUCGGAGUGUGCCAGACGCCUCUACGCCACUACGCCAGUAUUCGACCAGUAGAUACGUUCAAUCAAGUAUUUGAUUUCAUAUAGGUGCUUUUCGAUUGUCAUGCAUUAAAUAGACGUGUCCACUACAAUAACACAUAAUGAAGACAUCCAACAAUUUCGUGGUUUUUUUGACAUUUUGUUUUGUUUUAGCAAACAUCGCAUUCGUCCAUGGGUACAUAUCAGAUCUACCAAACGAUAAAACCAAUCGUAUCACUUGGUGCACWUUAAACAUCCAAGAACAAUCAAAAUGUUUGAAUUUGUCUGCAGCUGUCAAUAGAGACAGACAGAGAUUUAACCCUAGAGAUUUCAUGGAACUAGUUUGCAAACCGGGACUCAAUAAAGAUGACUGUAUGAUGAAAUUAGAUACCAACGUAGCAGAUAUUUUGAGUUUAGAUGCUGGAGAGGUAUUUGUUGGUGGCCGAUAUAAUAGUUUGAUACCGCUAAUGCAACAACUGUUUGAAGAUGGCUCUACUGAAUAUUACUCUGUUGCUUUAAUAAAAAAGGACACUUUAAAGGAUGUGUAUAAUCUUGGAAAUUUGAAGGACAAAAAAGCUUGUUUUGCUGGAGUUGGUACACAAGCUGGAUGGAAUGUACCAAUAAAUACUCUUAUUUCUAAAGGUUAUAUGAACAUUUUUGACUGUAAUAACCAUGUAAAAACUGCAAUAGAAUUUUUUGGUCCCAGUUGUGCUGUGAAUUCACUACUUGACAAGUACAACCCAAUGGGUGAUAAUUCUGACCGUUUAUGCAUUCUCUGCGCUAGCAAAAUUUCUGGUCAAAAAUGUACAUCAAACGAUCCAUAUGCUGGUGAUGAAGGAGCAUUCAGAUGUUUAAUUGAGUCUGGUGAUAUCGCAUUUCUACGACAUACAACUGUGUUAGAAAUGUUAAAUGAUCCAUCAUUAUUCAGUAAAACCAGAGAAGAUGAUUUGGAACUAUUGUGUGUKGAUGGUUCAAGACGUCCAGUUAGUGAAUUUAAAAACUGCAAUUGGGGACCAGUACCUACUGAUGCUAUUAUGACUACAUCUGCUAAAUCUUCUUCUGCUCGUAUUUCAUACCAAAGAUGGCUGCAGAAAGUAAUUGAAUUAUAUGGAAAACCAAAAUCUGCACAACAACAAUUCACAUCUACUACUCCUGACAUCAACUGGGCAGGAGGAUUCAAUCAACCUCAAACUCAAAUCAAUAACAAUAUUGCCAAAAGUUUUAAUUUAUUUGAUUCUUCUGUGUACGAGAAUCACCACAAUCUUUUGUUACAGGACUCAACAAGAGGUUUACGGCCCUUAGAAGAAGCGCACCAAACAUAUACAAGCUAUUUAGGAAAUGCCAUGGACAUUAUACUCGGAGUACGUUAUUGCCCUGUUGCAAAAAUGACACUUUGUGUAACGUCUGAGCCAGAAAUGGAGAAAUGUAUUAAAAUGAAGUUGGCGUUAAAAGUUCAACUUUUGGUUCCUGAAUUGCAAUGUUUUCGAGGUUACAGUCAAGUGCAUUGUAUGCAAGCUAUUAGAAAUGGAAAUGCAGAUGUUGCAGUGAUGGAUGCUGGUGAUAUUUAUACCGCUGGACUGCAUUAUGAUGAAAUACCAUUUAUCACUGAAAUGUAUGAUCUACCUGAACCAGAGUAUUAUGUUGUGGCUGUGGCGAAAGAAGAGGAUCCUAGUACUGAAAUAACAUUUUUAAAAGGAAAAAUGACAUGUCACCCGGGUUUAUAUUCUGGUGGYGGAUGGAUAAUACCAAUGGCAUUUUUAUUGAGUAACGGGUGGAUACGAAGUUAUGGAUGUGACUCAAUACAAGCUGCCUCUGAAUACUUUAGUAAAUCUUGUGUACCCGGUGCAUUAAGUAAUGAAUAUAAUCCAGGCUUACCUUAUGAUAACCUUUGCCAUCUAUGUAGAGGUUCUAGUUAUCGGUACUGCAAACGCGAUGCCACUGAAGACUUUUAUGGCUACACAGGAGCCUUAAGGUGUUUGGUUGAAGGUGGUGGAAAUGUAGCUUUUGUUAAACAUACCACAGUCUAUGAGAAUGUUGAUGGAAAACGCAAAGAGUGGUGGGCAAGAAAUACUUUAACUUACGAUUUUGAACUUCUGUGUCCUGAUGGUACAAGGUCACCGAUUGAUGAUUACAAGAAGUGUAGCUUGGGUAAAGUUAAAGCUAACGCUGUUAUAACUCGUGGAGGAGUAGCUUAUAAUCAUACCGAAGUAAUGGCAUUCACUAAUCUGUUUAUGGCUGCCCAGCAGUUAUAUGGCAGAAAAACUAUUGACGAGUUUACUUUCAGCAUGUUCACGUCACCAGAACCAUACAGUGAUUUGAUCUUCCAGGAUGCUACUCAGCAGCUUGCACCCAUUGAUAGUUCAUUAAGACAUUACUCCGAGUGGUUAGGACCAAAUUUCAUGCGAGCACGACGUCUUGUUGACUGUCGCGCAUCUGGUACUAUAUCAUUACCAUUUGGAAUUAUAACUAUGUUAUUAUCUGUAAUUUGUACUCACGCAUGGUUAUAGACUUGUGUUCAAUCAGUUUAUAAAUAGUGCAUAASAAUAAUAAGGGCAUCAUUUAUUGUUUAGAUUACUCAUCAUAUUGUGAUCAUUUUUAGAAUCUCAAAUCAUGUAAUGCUGUGUAUUUUUUGUUGCCUGCACUUGAUAAUUGUAAAAUUAAAAAUAUCCGUCCAUUUAUUAUUAAUUUUAGUUUUAAGAUUUUAUUGAUAAUAAGACAUUAAUGAUGAGAUUCUUAACCUAAACUAUCUCUCCAUAAGUUAAAAUUAAUUUAACAAUGUACCAUAGUAAUUUAUAAUUGUUAUAUUAUCUGGAAUUUACACAAAUACGUGGUUAUAGACUGUUUUCUGUUCAAUCACUUUAUAAAAAUGCAUUAGAGUAUUAUGUACAAUAUUUUUAAUURUUUGUCAUAAUAUUGUAAUCAUUGACAGAAUCUCAAUCAUAAUAAGCUAUGUAUUAUUUAUUGUCAGCUAUUGAUAAUUGUCAAAUUCAAAUCAACCGUCCAUUUAUUAAUUUUAAGAUUUUACUGAUUAGACAUCAAGAAUAAAAUACUUUA